AACUCUACGCUGUGAACAGGGCAACUGCCUUCUGGGAAGAUUCUAUUCACUCAAACGUGCACACAGAUCCCCCUCUACACCCGUCCACCCCCCUCUCUCUUAGUCUGCCCGGAGGGUUUUGUUCCUACACCGGGCAACUUUUUUCUCCUCCACUUCUCUGUGUGUGAGCUGUUUUGUUUUGGGGUUUUUCAGCCGGAUUCCUGAAUUUAUUGAAGGAUUCAUUGGACUGUCUAGUGCAUCUCUUCUCAUUUUGAAGUCAUUAUUCGCCCCAACAUUUGCAGCAUCCUGGCUCGGCGACGGUGGAGGCGGGUUUCUUCUGUCCCUGAGAGGAUUAAGAGCAUGUACUAGAAAGAGCGUGUGUGUAAAAAGGAGAGAGAGAGUGAGAGAGAGAGACAGAGAGACACGACGUAAGAAGACGAGAGAGACAGAGUAGAUUUGCGCAUGUGACCAUCGGGAAAGGAUGGCUCUGUGGCUCUGAGCUGCCUCGGCUCUCACAGGACAUACUCGCAUAAUAAGGAACGAAAGACUGAUUGACUGACAGACAAACUCCACUCACAAGAGAAUAUUGUUCUCCUUGUGUUUCUCGCAGAGGCUUAACCAAACAGGAUUUCCAUGAUGCCGGCUGAAGUGAAGCAGGAGCAGAGCCCCAGUAACCAGUCAUCACUGGCUAUGAUGCAGGAGCCCCAGGAGGUUGUGGAGGAGACUGUAACCAUAGAGGAAGACCCUGGCACACCCACCUCUCAUGUUUCUGUGAUUACCUCAGAUGAUGGAACUACACGCCGUACAGAGACUAAGGACAAUGUGGCUAAUAUGAAGGUCACUAAGAUGGUCAAGACAGUGACAACACGGACAGUUCGACAGGUGCCACUGGGUCCUGAUGGCCUUCCUCUUCCAGAGGGCUCAUCUCCACUGGGAAGCUACACUGACUCCAUUGACCGGCGCUACAUGAAGAAUGGCGAGCGCUUUAUCACACCCCAGGCCACUUCCACCCUCCCACGCUCGUACAACAAUUACAACGACUCCUACAAUGAUGCGCCAGAAAGUCAGUUUCGCCAUUACGCCCUUCACGAUGGAUACGGAGACAUGGCUGACAACUAUGGAAGUCUGUCUCGCGGAGUCAAUUACAGGCUCUAUCGGCCCUACAUGCCCACCGGUGGAUACCGGCCGGAGAACAGCUACACUCUCCCCAUCCGCAAGGACGACUAUGGCCAUGUGGCCCAGCCUCAAGUCCCAAUGGGAAGUAGCACUGUGGAUCUCAAUAGUUCUCAGCCUGAGCGCUUCCAACCCGAACCCUACGGCCUGGAAGAUGACCGCCGCAGUCUAGGCCCAGACGACGAAGAGCCUUAUGACCUAGAGCCUGAUUAUUCCACGGCUAACCGCCGCACACUACCCGGACGUACCAUUCGAGAGCCAUUGCGCAACGGCCCCCGCGUGAGAGGCUAUGAGGACCCUACAGAGACUGAAUUAAUCGAUGAAAGACACCCCUACAUCCAUGGCAUGUACCCAGCACCUCUUGCCCAGCCCGAGAGGGGCAGCAUGGCCAGUCUGGACCGCAUGGGCGGCAGACGCUCCCCCUCCAUUGACAGCAUCCGCAAAGACCCGCGCUGGAGGGACCCAGACCUGCCUGAGGUCAUCGCUAUGCUAGGCCACCCCAUCGAUCCAGUCAAAUCCAAUGCAGCCGCCUACUUGCAGCAUCUUUGCUAUGAAAACGACAAGAUAAAGAAAGAUGUUAGGCAGCUUAAAGGGAUCCCAGUGCUGGUGGGCUUGCUGGACCACCCUAAAGCAGAAGUCCAUCGCAAGGCCUGCGGAGCUUUGAGAAACAUCUCCUACGGCAAGGACCAUGAUAACAAGGUGGCCAUCAAGAGCUGUGACGGGAUUCCUGCUCUCAUACGUCUGCUGAGGAAAACCAAUGAUAUGGAAGUUCGGGAACUUAUCACAGGAACACUUUGGAACUUGUCCUCAUAUGAGCCACUGAAGAUGGUGAUAAUUAACCACGGGCUUCAGACGAUGACUAACGAGGUCAUUAUCCCUCAUUCGGGCUGGGAACAUGAGCCGAACGAGGACUCAAAGCCACGAGAUGCAGAGUGGACCACAGUCUUCAAGAACACAUCAGGAUGUUUAAGGAAUGUGAGCUCAGACGGUGCAGAGGCUCGCAGACGGUUGAGAGAGUGUGAGGGGCUGGUGGAUGCCUUGCUGCAUGCGCUGCAGUCUGCUGUGGGAAAGAAGGACAUGGACAACAAAUCUGUGGAGAACUGCGUUUGCGUCAUGAGGAACCUGUCUUACCACGUGCACAAGGAGAUUCCAGGGGCUGAGAAGUUCCAGGACCCCUCAGCUCUUCAGGGCCCCGGCUCUGCUGGCACUCAGAGGAAGAAGAAAGAUGACGCAGGCUGCUUCGGAGGAAAGAAGGCCAAAGAGGAAUGGUUUAAUCAAGGGAGGAAAAACGGAGGGCAUGACAAAAACUAUGACACAUUGGACCUACCCAAGCGCACAGAACCCACUAAAGGUUUUGAAUUACUGUAUCAGCCAGAGGUGGUCCGACUCUACCUGUCCCUGCUUACAGAAAGCCAGAACUAUAACACGCUAGAAGCAGCGGCCGGAGCUCUACAGAACCUCAGCGCUGGACAGUGGACAUGGUCGAACUAUAUCCGUGCGACAGUGCGUAAGGAGAAAGGACUGCCAAUUCUCGUCGAGCUCUUGCGCUCGGACUCAGACAAGGUGGUGCGAGCUGUGGCCAUCGCUCUGAGGAACCUGUCCAUCGACCGCCGCAACAAAGACCUAAUAGGGAGUUACGCCAUGAGGGACUUGGUCAGCAACUUGCCCAGCGGACAGCAGCGGCCUGCCAAGAACCUGGAGGAGGACACCGUUGUGGCCAUCCUCAACACCAUCCAUGAAAUCAUCAUUGACAGCUCUGAGAACGCUCGCUCUCUCAUCACUGCGCAAGCGAUCGACAAACUAGUGGCCAUCAACAGAACCAGCCAGUCAGCAAGGGAAACCAAAGCCGCUUCCCAUGUACUACAGACGGUUUGGAGCUAUAAGGAGCUGAGAAACGCCCUGACCAAGGAUGGCUGGAAUAAAACACACUUCCAACCGAUACCGACUGGCACUCCCAAAGCAUCUAAGAGUUGCAAGCCUGGCUACGACGAUACUACACUCCCCUUGAUGGAGAAGAACCAAGGCAGCAGAGGCUGUAGCGGUGGGGAUAUGAUACCUAUGGGCGAAUUCGGUCCAGAUGGCUAUUCGACGAUUGACCAGAGAGACAAAGACUCCAAGUACAAAAGCAGUGACGGCUCGUCGGAUCUGCAGGAGCGGGAGCCGUUAAAGUUCAGAGCCGAAGUGUCAGAAAAUGACACAAAUAGGAAACACUAUAUCAGGAGCAACAGGCCAACUGUCAGUCUGGUGGAUGCUUGUGAUGUUAAACCUCUGCCUGUUGACUCCUGGGUCUAAAUGCAUGCAUGGCUUAGCUAGCAACAGCGCCACUUCUUACCCCGCAAGGAUUUCACGUCACCACUGCCAUUAAUCGCAGAGCUCACCGUGAUGUGGACUCAUCCUGAAGACUUUUGCCUAAGAGCGAGAGAAAAAUACGAACUUUCAUUCAACAGCCAAUAUUUUGAGAUUUCUCAAGUGAAUAAAAAAUAAAAAAUUUGAAAAAAAAAAAAAAAAAAAAAAAAAAAAAAACAUUUCUCAUAUGUACAUUCCCACUGGACAUAGUGUACCCACAGCUGAGGAUUUUCUGUCACGGAGCCAGAAUAGUGGAUUGAUUUGAGUGUACAGGAAGUGCUGUCAUGGACGUGGACGUGUAUUGGAAAUAAUUGGAUUGAGGGGUAAAAGGAAAUAAGAAAGAAAAAAAAAACUAUUUUUAUGUCAAAAAAAAUAUAUAUAUAUAAUUUUUGCCUAUAUUAUUUUUGUUGUACGUUUCUGCCUGAUUACUGUUUGUUUUGUGGGUUUGUUUUCCCCAGAAGUGCAGUGAAUUGUGAAUUUUGUUUUGUUUUCAUUUUGUAGAGUUUUAAUGAAAGUUUAGGUUUUCUAAAAUAGUUGAGGACAUUUGUAAAAAGAGGAAAAGUUUUUUUUUUUUUUUUUUGCUGUUGAUGUCCAUUACAACGUUGUGGGGGCACAUACAAGGUCUAUAUUGAAAUGCACGCUUUCGCAGUUUCUGUGUGCUGGCUUUAUAAAGCAACUUUAAAGACAUAUUAUCACUGUGUUUAUUUCUUCUCACUUAAAAAGCAGGGGUUCACCUUACAAUGCCAUCUGCUCAUAGUGGAGCUGAAAGGAGGAGAGCUGCUUUGCUUUCAGCUGGAUUUGAUCUGCUGUUCUUGUAUUCCCCUUGACAUGUCCAGCUGUAGAGGCAUGCUGGGUAACACUGGCACUUACCAACUAUUGCUUUGGUUUAUUUAAAAAGGGGUGAUGAGGGGGAAAAAAUCAAUUUGUUAAUAUGUAGAUUGUGUUAUGAGGGGAUGAUAGAGGAGGAUUCCCUUUCUCCUGUUGUCAUAAAAGUAGAUUUAAAAGCAUUUUAUAUUUUUGUUGUUUUAUAAAUGUAUAUUAGGUUACAAAUAUUAAAAAGAGGGCAAAAAGGUCACACCCAUUAUUAUAACAUUGAUAAAUGUGAAUCCUUAAUAGAUUGUUCAGAGCACAUUCAGUAUUCCAUACACAAAGCAUGGCCAUGUUUGUAUAAAAAUUAAUAAUUUAAUAAACAGAUCAUUGCUUUAGUUAAAUGUGUAUCAAAGGAUGCAGAGUCAUUCUCAUUGUCUCAUUUAUAUUUUAUAUUUACAGCUUGUUUUUUUUAAAUGUAACCAUUUAUUAUCAGUGUUAAUUUUUCAAUUGUUCAGAAUGAUCUGAUUGGUCGGCAAAAUUUAAAGGAAAGACCAGAAUGAAUUUUAGAAGAGAAAUCAGGGAUAAAUAGAUACUUUUAUUUCAGCUCUAAUGCAAGAAUACUUUCACAUCAAAAAUGUAUCUUACAAGUAUAACAAAAAAACAUCACAAUUGUGGAUUCUCAAAUGUCCCCACUGUCAGUGUAAAGAUAUCCUGUGUUAUACAUACAAUCUUUAGCCAUUACCACGUAUAAAUGGGCAAACACAAACAUACGAAGUAGACCGACAAAUUAUUAUUUUUAUUCCAGACAUUUUUUGGAUAAUGUUUAAUAUGCAGCACACACCUGCUUUAUCAUCUGUUACUCUAUAUGUAACUUUCUAUAGCACGUUUUUUUUUCCAGUUGUUUUUAACAGAGACUCCUAAUUACAGAAUAACAGUGUAAUAAUUCAAUUUUUAAAAAGGAAAUUAUGUGUGCCACGACAUUGAGAUCUUUAGCCUUGUGUAGGUUCAUUAUUAAUAUUUGACUGUCUGUUCCUGACUGCCUUUUAGCAGAAUACAACCAAAGGAAGAGGUUCCCAGAGUCUGAAUUUGCAUCAGAUUGUAUAUUUAUAGAAAACCAGAUGUUGAAAUGGAUUCAAGAGAAACCUACCUUUGUAGAUAUCACUAAUUUCAAAGCAUCAAAACUCGAUACAUGAACAACUUGGUAGCAAAUGUGUUUGUAACUAUCAUGUGCCUUAACCUUUUUUCCAUGUUAGAUGAAAAGAAGUCUGUUUUAUAUGUUUUAUCGGUCCCUAACUGCUCUUUCUCUCUCUCUGACUCCUCCCACUUUCACUCACUCUGUGUUCUCAAUGUAGUCUAGACUGCUGGUGGGUUUUGCCUUCUAUUACAUUUAAUUGUAUUAUAAACUUUUAAAAGAUAGAAGCGUUAAAAGGGUUUAUAUAGUUGUUAGUGCUUUCCUAACGCUCAAGAACAAUGCCACAGUGACCGAAUGUAUUGUUAAUUUUACUAAUACCCAGAAGAGAGAAUUGCUCUUGUUAAAGAAAAAUACAGGUUUGUAGAGUAUCACUUUGGUGUGUUUUCAAUAAAUCAUGCCUGAAAUGAGCA